AUGAAAUUCACAACCGCUUUCCUCAUCAUCGCUUGCGCAAAUGCUUUUGCACCCACCAAUUACAUGGGACGAACAAUCCCAUCCGUUCAUGUCAACUCUGCUCUUCCCAUUGCGGACGGCGAGUUUGAUUUUGAUGUUGCCAUCAUUGGUUGUGGCGUUGGAGGUCAUGGAGCGGCUCUUCACAGCAGGGCUCAAGGCCUUUCCACCGGAGUUUUCGCUGGAGGUGAUGUAGGAGGAACUUGCGUCAACCGUGGAUGUGUUCCGUCGAAGGCUCUACUAGCUGCCAGUGGUAGAGUUCGCGAAAUGAAGAACUCUCAUCACCUCGAGAGUCUUGGAAUCGAGGUCGAAGGAGAAGUCAAAUUCUCUCGUCAAGGCAUUGCAGAUCACGCCAAGAAUCUCGCGAACCGUGUAAAGGGAAACCUAGAAAAUAGUCUUGUUGGAUUGGGUUGCGAUGUCAUUGAAGGGCGCGGUAUGUUGACUGGUAAACCUCACGAAGUUAAAGAUAGCUCAACUGGAAAGAUCUAUACCGCAAAGGAUAUCAUUCUUGCCCCAGGAUCAAUUCCGUUUGUUCCGCCAGGAGUUGAGGUUGACGAGAAGACUGUGUACACUUCCGAUGGCGCACUUGAGCUUCAAUAUGUUCCAGAGUGGGUCGCCAUCAUUGGCUCUGGAUACAUUGGUCUCGAAUUUUCAGAUGUGUACACUGCGUUGGGAUCUGAAGUGACCUUCAUCGAAGCUCUGCCCAAUAUUAUGCCAACUUUCGACCGGGAGAUCGCCAAGCAAGCAGAGCGCCUUCUCAUUCGUGAUAGACCCAUUGACUACAGAACUGGGGUCUUCGCCGCCGAAGUUACUCCUGGAAUUCCAGGAGAAAAGCCUGUAACCAUCAAAAUGAUCGAUGCCAACACCAAAGAGCACGUUGAAACCAUUGAGGUAGACGCCGCCAUGGUUGCAACCGGAAGGGUCCCAAAUACAAAGGAUAUGGGUUUGGAAGACAUGGGAAUCGAAACUCAGCGUGGUUUUGUUGCUGUUAAUGAAAAGAUGCAAGUCUUGACCAAGCAUGAAGAUGGAGAAGUUAUUCCCAAUGUAUACUGCAUUGGAGAUGCUAAUGGAAAAAUGAUGCUUGCCCAUGCAGCUUCUGCCCAAGGUAUUUCUGCCAUUGAGAACAUUGCUGGCCGCGAACACAUCGUUGAUCACAACGCAAUCCCAGCUGCGUGCUUCACACACCCCGAGAUCUCCAUGGUUGGACCAACUGAAGAGCAAGCAAUCGAAAUGGCUGGGAAGGAAGGGUGGACUCUAGGUAAGAGCCAGGGGAGUUUCCGAGCUAACUCAAAGGCUCUUGCCGAAGGCGAAGGAAAUGGAAUGGCAAAAGUUCUCUUCAAGAAGGAGACAGGGCACGUUGUUGCGGUGCACAUCAUUGGUCUUCAUGCUGCUGACUUGAUUCAAGAGUGUGCAAACGCUGUCGCGGCAGGAACUACCGUGCAGGAAUUGAGUAUGAUGGUUCACACUCACCCUACGCUUUCAGAAGUCAUGGACGAGGCUUUCAAAAGUGCCGCUGGAGUUGGAGGAGGUCAUUAA